AUGGAGGGCACUGUGAUUAUUACUGGUGCUUCAGGCUCUGUGGCCAUUGAAGCCGUGCAACAGUUUCUCUUGUCUCACCCGCGCUUGAUGGUUGUCGGCACUAUUCGAAAUAAAACCAAAGCUUCGAAUAGCCCCCAUUUCCUCCGUUUGCAAUCGAUUGAACAAAAUUGUCACGAGAAGAGACUCGUUCUCGAGAGUCUGGACCUUGAGUCGUUGCAAGAUGUGCGAUCCUUCGCGGAUAGAAUUGCUGCCCGAGUCACUGCGGGAGAGCUCCCUCCGAUCUCAGCCAUAAUCUGCAAUGCAUUCACCUGGUCACUGGAAGGUGGUCAGAAAUUUUCCUCUGAUCACUAUGAAUCGACAUUCCAGGUCAACCAUCUUACACAUUAUCUUUUGGUGCUGAAGCUGCUGCCGAGUAUGAGCCGACAGGCUGGUCGGAUCAUUAUGCUGAGCUCCGAAGUUCAUGAUCCGAAACAUCAUAAUCCUCUAGCGAGGAUGGGAGCAAGUCUACCCGCCAAUGGAAAUCUUGAAGAGUUGGUCAAACCUAGCCCAGACUCACUGGGGACAGAGUAUGAUAUGGGCUGGAGGCGAUACGCCAACAGCAAAUUGGCCAAUGUUAUGUUCAUGCAUAGCUUGAAUCAACGAUUGCAAAACGAUCCGUUGUUGAAUGGAAUAACCGCAUUAGCCAUGGAUCCCGGCGCUGUUGUCGAUUCCCGAGCCCAUGAAAUCCACCACCGUUUCAUCAACAAAUCGAUAUUCGCCCUGAUGAAAUUCUUACACCCGGUGCUGACCCUGUUCACUAAGCGUGUCCGUACAAAUGCGGAGUCAGGCAGAGAUCUUGCAGCCCUGGCUGCUGAUUCAAAGUAUCAAUUUGUUCGAGGGUACUUCGAUGGGCAAAGGGCGACGGCACCCACUGCUGUUGUUACAGAAACCGACAUUCCGGAAGCUCUUUGGUCAGCAUGCUGGGAUUGGACCAAUAUGGAAGAUCGUGAGACCUGUUUGCCCAAACAUAUACUUUAA